AUGGCUGUGACAAAACAUAUUCGAGACCGUCCACCAUUGGACGAGCUAGCAGCUAUCAUCCAGAAAGCACUACUCUCCAACUUCAAGACCGCCAGCGCAACAGUUGUCCAAUGCCCAGAUCUGAAAAAGCCGCCCUUCAACCUAGCCGCAUCUGGGCUUUCUGGAAAUCCUCGCAUCGCAGACAUAGGCGGACAAGGAAAUCUGUUCCCUCGACCAAUCCUCGACGCAAAGUAUUCACUUCUCAAUCUGGCCCGGGAUAUGGAAUUGUCUCCCAAUGCGGGCUUUAUACUCGGAGCAGGGGCCGCUCCGUUUCAGGACAUUGGCCGCAAUGCCGAACUGGCACCCAACCUCUCCUGGCGGUCUAAUGACCCGACGGCCAGUUUCGAGAAUCCAAACUCAUUAUCUGUAGACAAUGGCUCGCGCGUGAUCCAAGUUGAGGAGAAUCGUGAGCCGAUGUGCGAGCACGCCAAAAGCACAAAUUGCGCAUUAAUGGCCAACCUGUACGGAUCGGAUGGGGAUACGGGCCCGGUUCUCAAGAUCAAGGCCCGGGCACGUAUAGGUGAGAAGAAUUUCACGGAUUGUAUUCGCUUGGGUCUGCGAGAUGCAUAUGGGGAUUCCAGGCCGCUUAGUUUGGGUGGGGUGUUUCUUCUUGAGUCUGGGAAGGCUAGGUUUCAUAUCAUGCCUGACUUUCCGGCUGAGGAUCAGUUACCCUUUCGAGAUAGAUUGGAGUUGGAGAAGGAAUGGCUGUCAUACCAUGUGUUUGAGGCUCCGGUGGUCUGCUUGACUGUGAUGCAUAGUGCUGAUCCGGAGGGGUUGGGGUUGAGAAUGGAGCAUACUCAUUGUUUUGAGGCGGACGGGGACCGGAAGGGAGGUCAUUAUCAUUAUGAUGUUGGGGGAGAUGAGGUUGGGUACGAGGCUUAUUUUAAUGUGGCGUCUGUGGUAUAUAGAAUUGAUCGACCGGUUUGA